CAAAAAGAAGAAGCAGCUCCAUCUUCUACCCAUCUUCUCUUUUUCCCAUUAUCUCAAGCUCUCACCAUUUUCUGCUAAACCCAACUCUGGAAUUUAAAAGACUAAUUCCGAUAACUGAAUGUUGAGGAUCUGCCACUUUUCGAGAUAGAAUGAGAUUUUGUGAAGGUUUCCGUGGUUCAUUGUGAAACUAAGAGGUGGUGAAGAUUUUCCAGUUUUUGAAGAUACAUUUCUGUGGAGAAAUACACAGAUUUUGGAACUCUGAACUCUUCGCUGGUUGUAGAUUACAGGGACGAUCGUGGGUUGUCUGAGUUUAUAUCAGAUGAAAGCUCCGAAAUGUAAUCAUUAGUUGGAUUUCAGAGACAGAUUUGCAUUUUCCAAAGGUUCAAAACUUAAAUCCAGAAACUUUUCCAGAUUUCCUACCACAGACGCGGAACCAGAUUUAGGAAGAGGAGAUGGAUAAAGAGUCAGUUGUUGGAAGCAAUAGCAAAAAUAACAACAUCAGUAGCGUUAGCGUUAGAGAGAAAAGCGGAGGAGGGGAAGGGUCGUUGCUGUUGAGGGCGAGUUCCGAUAGCAUAAGGCAGCAGACAACGACGUCGGAUUUGGUGCUGCAGUGGGGGAACCGGAAGCGGUUAAGGUGCAUGAAGGUGCAGGUCAAGGACAAGGACGAUUCUUCCGCCCCGGUUCACAGGACAACGGUCCGGGUCGAUCGCCGGGUCGUUAGAACCGAUAAGGAUUCUUUAAAUAAGACCACAAUUGUUGUCAAUAAUAAUAAUAAUAAUAAUAAUAAUAAUAAUCAUCAUCACAGUAACGGCCAUCCAAAUCUCCGUCAGCGCCCAUCUUCCCCGCAGCAACGAAUUCUAAGGAACUUGGAGACUUCAAGUGCUAUGAGAGGAGGGCAAAGCAACGGGGGUGUCAGGGGAAUUGCCUCACCGGACAGGGGUGCGCACGAUAAGAGGGGGACCCAUAACAACCACCUUAAUGACAAUAAUAAGUCAGCGGCCUCAUCGGCUACCGCGCACGAUAGCAAGAAGGGCGCGUCGCCGUCCGGCAGCGGGGAUGCGGCUCCGCCUGUGUGGCCACCCAAGUUCGUGAUUGCCUUGACCAACAAGGAGAAGGAAGAAGAUUUUCUCGCCAUUAAAGGGUCAAAGCUGCCUCAGAGGCCCAAGAAGAGAGCUAAAUUCAUACAACGCACCCUCAAUCUCGUAAGUCCAGGCGCAUGGCUGUGCGAUCUUACCCUGGAACGAUAUGAGGUUAGGGAGAAGAAGAUAUCCAAAAAGAGGCCAAGAGGGUUGAAAGCAAUGGGCAACAUGGACUCGGACUCUGAAUAGAAGGAAAUCAAUGAGGAAAGGGCACUUUGGAUGAUGAGAUGAUUAAUGUUGUUGGCUGAGGAUGUAAGAAAUGUUCGGAUAUUGUAAAUCAUGGCAUCCCAUCUGCUUGCCAACAAAUCAAAAUCGAAAUAUAAAUAUUUUAGUUUUGGUACUUCUUAAUUUCCUCGC